UGGCGACAACACCACCCCCAUCCCGGAUCCUGUUUCCGUCCCAAGGCAGCAGCCAACACCGAAAAGGACCGGAGGAGGUGGGGGUCACCCUUCCGAUUGAUUGCAAAUCCGAUUUGAAGCACCUUCAACAAGGGCAAUUCAAUAGAACAAACAUGGAGUUUCCGAGAAGACGGACGCCUAGAAGGAAAGAUGACCGAAUUAUACUCCACUUUGACUAUGACUGCUUCUACGCCUCGGUCUACGAGAACCGAGACCCGCGGCUCAAGGCGCUGCCUCUGGGCGUGAAACAAAAAAGCAUUCUGGCGACGUGCAACUAUGUCGCCCGCAAGCGGGGCGUCAAAAAGCUCAUGCUUAUUGCCGAUGCCAAGCGGGUGUGCCCAGAGCUCGUGAUCAUCGAGGGCGAGGACCUGACACCGUUCCGAGAUACGAGCAAGACUCUCUUCGGAUUCCUCAGGGGCUAUUCCUGGAACAACAGGGCGGAGAGGUUGGGAUUCGAUGAAGUCUUUAUGGAUGUCACGGAUAUCAUCAGUUACAACAUGUUCUACCUCAACAAGACGUCGCUGUCGGAGUCGUUUUUCCAUCUCUCCAAAAGGGAUCCAGAAAAGGGCUUCAUAUGUGACUUAACCAAGGUCGCUGGGUGUGUUUACGGGGCGAACCCUAAGCCAGGAGACCUCGAUAACCCUAUUUACGUGCGGCUUCUGCUGGCGAGUCACCUGGCAUUCUACCUGCGCACGAAACUGGAGGAGGAUUUUGGCUUCACGGCCUCUGUCGGAAUAUCGACAAACAAGCUCCUUAGUAAGCUCGCCGGGUGCGUGAAGAAGCCGCGCAAUCAAACGACAUUGAUGUCGCUUGAUGAUGCUGUCGUAACGGAGUUCAUGGACACACAUUCGGUUCGAAAAGUCCCUGGCAUAGGCUUCAAGACGUCACGAGCAUUAGAGGAUCGCUUCCUGUCGACACCCCUAGGACCCGAUGACGCCGACAGAGAGAACUCGCCCUUGAAAGUCCGCGACGUGCGAACACAUCCCGAAGCAUCAGAAGACGCUCUGGAAAAGCUCCUGGGCGGCCCCGGCUCCGAGCGCGGCGUUGCCGAGAGGGUCUGGGGUCUCUUACACGGCGUCGAUGGCACGGAAGUCAAAAACGCGAGUGAUAUUCCCUCGCAAAUCAGCAUUGAAGACACAUUCAAAGGGCUGGAGAGUAUGGGUCAAAUUGAAAGCGAACUACGAAAGAUAUCAGCGUCUCUGGUGCGUCGAAUGCGAACUGACCUCCUGACCAACAACGACUCGAUAGAGCCGGGCGGACAGCGGUGGAUCGCGCACCCCAAGACUUUGCGCCUUUCGAUCCGGUCCUGGCCAGAUGACAAAACUGCAAACUUCCAUCGCAUAUCCCGCUCCCAGACGCUUCCCAACUUCAUCUUCACCCUCAAGGAGACACCCGAUGCCAUCGCAGAGCGGCUCACGACCGACCUCCUUCUCCCGAUGAUGAAGAAGUUCCACCCGCCGGACCACAAAUGGAACCUGCAACUUCUGAAUGUCUGCGUCGCAAACAUGGCGGCCAGCGGCAGCGAGGCCGGGCCCGGCGUUGGGAGGGACAUCUCGGCGAUGUUCAGGAAGCAGGACGACGUGUUGCGGCAGUGGAGGAUCGACACGACGGUCGUCGAAGACGACGACGAGCAGUGGGUGUCGGAGGACGAGGUUGAGGAGGAGAUGGGGCUGGGGGAGUUUGAUGACGGGGCGUCCUGGGAAGGCGACUUGAUGACAGCAAGGUGUCCUCUUUGCGGGCACUGCAUCCCACCUUUUGCUCUAGCUGCCCAUGCGAGAUAUCAUGACCUGGGAGAUUGAUAAAGUCUUGAGCAGGGGAUUAGGAAUGGUGUUUUUGGCCGUAACGGAGUCGCGGAGGUGUCAGCAUAUGGGGGGUGACCAUGUCGAAUUCAUCAUAGUUCCCCUCGAAGACGAAUUCUUCCCAGCCGUUCUUCCCGGAGAUAUGCAACGGAGAAUGCGGCUACUUACUCAGAAUAGAUACACAAGAACGGUCUCUAUCCAAGUUAGGCCUCCGUUCUAGAGACUGUCCGACUAAUUCCACAGGAAAGGGUUACUACAAUUCAAUAAACUAUGGCAAACCCUGAAUUGAGAAUUCUGGAUAGGUUUCAUGCG